AUGUCACACCUUCCGACUUCCCCAAGGGGGUCCCCCAAUCAUUCGCCGCACUCUCCACAGCAAAGCGAGAGCAGCCUGUAUUCGCAUAACCUCGGUCACGAUGCGAGUGCAACCGAUCAGUACGGGGUUCAGCAUGGCUACGGCUAUGAAGAAAAGAAUGAACAAGCAGAGAGCCAGCAAUCCCUUCUGUACCGCAACCAACCGAGUCCCUUCAAUGCGCCCUUUGACGACCCGUAUGCCUCCUCCGACUCUCUGCGACGCUACACCCUCCAUGACGGUCCCGGCGUGACGGUCUUUCCCGACAGUUCCUACCAGGAAGGAGGCUCAACAACUGGCCUGAACCGCCGCUCAGGGAUUCAAUCCCCCAUGUCUGCCACCUCCGAGACCCCCUCGGAAGCCUGGCAACAACGGCAGGCCCCUGGCUCGGGUCUCCGGCGUUACGCUACCCGAAAGAUCAAACUUGUGCAGGGCUCCGUGCUGAGCGUGGACUACCCCGUGCCGAGUGCGAUUCAAAAUGCGAUUCAGAAAGAGUACCGGGAGUCUGAAGAGGGAUUCCCCGAAGAGUUCUCGCAUCUGCGAUACACGGCUGCAACGUGUGAUCCUGACGAGUUCACUCUGCGAAAUGGAUACAAUCUUCGACCCGCCAUGUACAACCGACACACGGAAUUGCUCAUAGCCAUCACCUACUACAACGAAGAUAAGGUUCUAACGGCGCGCACCCUGCAUGGUGUCAUGCAGAAUAUCCGUGACAUUGUCACGCUGAAGAAGUCGGAAUUCUGGAACAAGGGUGGCCCGGCCUGGCAGAAGAUCGUCGUGACACUGGUAUUCGACGGUAUCGAUCCUUGCGACAAAAACACCCUGGAUUUACUGGCCACAGUUGGUAUCUACCAGGAUGGCAUCAUGAAGCGAUCCGUUGACGGACGUGAAACAGUUGCCCAUAUUUUUGAAUAUACCACUCAGCUCUCCGUCACCUCGAGCCAGCAAUUGAUCCGUCCCCAAGGCAACGAAUCCACCAACCUCCCUCCGGUUCAAAUGAUUUUCUGCUUGAAGCAAAAGAACAGCAAAAAAAUUAACUCUCACCGUUGGCUGUUUAACGGCUUUAGUCGUAUCCUUAACCCCGAGGUAGUGAUUCUUUUGGACGCUGGUACUAAGCCUGGCAAAAAGUCACUUCUAGCUCUAUGGGAAUCGUUCUAUAAUGACAAAAAUCUGGGUGGAUCAUGUGGUGAGAUUCACGCCAUGUUGGGUAAAGGCUGGAGGAACUUGUUGAAUCCUUUGGUCGCGGCACAGAAUUUCGAGUACAAGAUCUCCAAUAUUCUGGAUAAACCGCUGGAGAGUUCCUUUGGAUACGUCUCUGUGCUGCCAGGUGCCUUCUCGGCUUACCGUUAUCGUGCUAUUAUGGGUCGUCCUCUUGAGCAGUACUUCCAUGGUGACCACACUCUUUCAAAGCAGCUUGGUAAGAAGGGUAUUGAGGGCAUGAAUAUCUUCAAGAAAAACAUGUUCCUUGCUGAGGAUCGUAUCCUCUGUUUUGAACUCGUUGCCAAGGCUGGUUUCAAGUGGCACUUGACCUAUGUCAAGGCUUCCAAGGGUGAGACUGAUGUGCCGGAGGGUACUGCCGAAUUCAUCAGUCAGCGUCGUCGUUGGUUGAACGGCUCGUUCGCUGCCAGUCUUUAUGCGCUCAUGCAUUUCAGUCGGAUGUACCAGAGUGGACAUAACAUCAUUCGUCUGUUCUUCCUGCACAUCCAAAUGAUCUACAACUUUGUUGGUCUCGUCAUGACUUGGUUCUCUCUCGCUUCGUUCUGGUUGACUACCUCCGUUAUUAUGGAUCUUGUCGGUACUCCCAGUGAGGGAAACAAGUACAAGGGAUGGCCCUUUGGUAACGAGGCCUCGCCCAUUGUCAACAACUUCUUGAAAUAUGGAUAUGUUUUCUUCUUGAUGCUCCAGUUUAUUCUGGCGCUCGGUAAUCGGCCUAAAGGUUCUACCCUCUUCUACACCCUCUCCUUCAUGUACUUCUCCCUUGUCCAGGCGUAUACCAUGGUCAGCUCAUUCUACCUGGUUGCGAAUGCCUUCAUGGGCGGUACUAUGGAUUUCGAUAUGAGCCAAGGCGUUGGUCACUUCCUUUCGACCUUCUUCAGUUCUUCCGGUGCCGGUAUUGUCCUGAUUGCCUUGGUGUCAACCUAUGGUGUUUACUUCCUUGCCAGUUUCUUGUACAUGGACCCUUGGCACAUGUUCACCUCUUCGUGGGCCUACUUCAUGGGCAUGACUUGCUCGAUCAACAUUCUCAUGGUUUACGCCUUCUGUAACUGGCACGACGUUUCUUGGGGUACCAAGGGAUCCGACAAGAGCGAGGCAUUACCCGAGGCGCAAACUAAAAAGGAGAAAGAAGAUGACAAGUCCAACUUCAUUGAAGAAGUGGACAAACCCCAGGCCGAUAUCGACAGUCAAUUCGAAUCCACUGUGAAGCGUGCGCUGGCGCCGUACGUCAUGCCGGAAGAGGAGAACGAAAAGAGUAUGGAUGACUCGUACAAGGCUUUCCGAACCAACCUCGUCUUGUUGUGGAUCUUCAGCAACUUGAUCGUUGUGCUUCUCAUCACGGCGACCGGUGUCAAGCGGUUCUGUCUGACGAACACCUCGACGGUGCGAACGGCGAACUACUUCUCCGUCAUCCUGUGGAUUACGGCGGCCUUGUCGCUCUUCCGUUUCCUUGGAGCGCUUUGGUUCCUGGGCAAGUCGGGUAUUCUGUGCUGUGUCUCGCGUCGUUAA